GAUAGGAGGCAAAGAAAAGGAGCCUCUCCCUAGCUCCAGCUCCGUGUCCCCAGGGCCUAAUUCCUCUUAGACUGGCAGAAACCAAAGCUGGAAUGAGUGGCAGUCAGGGACUCAGCAAUAAUUCAGAGACUUGGGCUAUUUGGAGCUGGUUGCCAGGAGACAGGGUCACAGGACUGAGUGUCCCCACUCCAGGAAGGGGGAAUCAGUUACGGGUCUAGACAAUGCUGUGAAAUAUGAGACUGGGACAUUGGUGGCUCCAGGGGCUGAGGGGCCUGCCUAGGACCCUGAUCAGCAAAUAUUAGCCAGGUCCUUAUGGCUAAGCAGGGGCAAUAGACAGGACCUCACUGAGAAUGCAAAAAGUAUGUCCAUGACCAUCAGGUUGGAUUUUUUAAAGAGGACUUGUACUUGGAUUGGGAAAUACUUGUCCUAGGGCUGGAGAUGAAUGAGAUGAGAAGGAUUGGGGGAAAGUUUCUCCUGAACCCUUCCUGUCUCAUCCCAGGGGGAUGACUAGGAGCCUCUAGUCAUCUUGGGCCUUACAGCUUCCACGGAUGAGCAGAAGGAAGGUGGGGGUCCCUACCUCCACCCAGAUCAGAUUCCCACUCCCACGGCACUGGGCCAGGUAGGGAAAGCUGGUUUAUCUUUAAUGAGGUCAUCUGAUCCCAGAGGGCAAGAGCCAAGCCCAGUCAAGUGGCCUUGUGAGAUGGGCACUGGUACCCACUGAGUCAUCACUUGCCCCAUGCCCUGGAUAGUACUCCUACAGCCAUGAACCAGGCCUUUUGGAAGACCUACAAGUCAAAGGUGCUGCAGACCCUGGGCGGAGAGUCUGGGGAAGAGCUAUCGGAAGAGACAGAGAGUCCAGUGCUAGCAGAGCAGGAAGAUGUGCAGCUGACAGAAGAGGCCAGCAAUCCCAUGUCCCAGCUGGCCCGAAGGGUCCAAGGUGCUGGGGUGAAAGGCUGGAGGACAAUGUCAUCCUUGUUCAACAAAGAAGACGAGGAUAAACUCCUGCCUUCAGAACCCUGUGCUGACCACCCCUUGGCAGCACCGCCCCCCAUGGAGGAGGCCCCCAAGGGGCCAGGCUUCUGGGAUGCCUUUGCCAGCAGAUGGCAGCAACAGCAGCAGCAGCAGCAGCCUCUGCAGGAGGCCCAGGCAGCGGCCGAGGCCAUGCUUGGGGAUCGAGGGGCUGCGGAGCCGGACCAGGAGGAUGGAGCCGAUGACCGCGCCGAGCCGGACCCAGCCGCUGGCUUCAAGUGGGGCUUCCUAACCAACAAAUUGGCUGAGAUGCGUAGCAAAGCCACCCCCAAAGGAGAUUAGAUGCCCCCCAUUGUCACCCCCUCUCACAGGCCCUCUAGGACCAAGAGCUCCUGCUGUCCCCAUGCUUUUCUGUCCCUCACAGCCACAGGCCCCAGAACAAGGGGACAGAGGAGAUCUGGGGCUGGGGAAGGUGGGUGCCCAUAUCACCCCUACCCCAUGAAGAUACUUUUUCCAUCCUUGACCUUAAGCUUCCCCAAACUCCUGGAACAAACUCCAUUCACCUCCCAGAUAGAGCUCCAUGUGCAAUAAGAGACUUCAGAAAGAAGAUAUGGGAAAAGCCGGCCACUGAUCCCUUUCUACUUCAUUUUCCCACCCCACCGUGGGCCCAGGCUAGAAAGGCAAAUAGCAAUAGCAGCCAUCUCUAGGUACAUGGUGAGAUUAUGUAUGUGCAGCCCUUUGGAACCUUAAUUCAAUAUACAAAUGUUCUCUACUAUCACCAUCAUUAUUAUCAUGAUUCCCCCAGAGCCCUUCCUGAGUCCAUCAAAAAUGAAUCCUAGG